AUGACUAUGUGGGAGAGGCUACGAAAUCCUUGUGGUUGGAGAGCUGGUGCUAAGCAAAUUUCAGUCGACGCAAUGAUACCGAUAUUUGCGGUUCCAACAUUGGCAGUUAUAGCCGCGCAAACAGUGCUAUGUACUGUAAUCAUAUUUGUUGCAACACCAAUAUUGGUCUACUACUUGCAUCACAAUUUUCUGAGAUUUCUACUACGUACCAAAUUUUUUUUAAUGUGGACGAUUACGAGUGUGGUCAUGUUGAUGUUAAUCUUUGAAGUGAGUGUCGUACCACUGCUAGAGAUUUUGUUAGAAGAGAAUGUAGUGUUCAUAAUGUGUGUCGUGGGUGGUAUAUGGUGCGGCUAUAUGACUAGAUCAAAUGCAGAUUCUGUAACUCAAGAAGGUACUUUAACUCAAGGUUUAGAGCUUGGCGAAGGAAGUGGAGAACUUUGUAUUACGUGUAGGAGAAGAGCACCACCUAAAGCUCAUCAUUGUCGAAUGUUGGACUGUUGUAUAGGUUCUAGCAAUUUAAGAUGGUAUUUGGGAUGUUUAUUCUUCUCAGCCAUAGCUUUUAUCUAUGGUUCCAAUUUAACCAUAACUAGUGUAUGUCAUCCAUUUAUACUCAUUGGUACUGUUCUUUUACCAGAUGAUUGCAGCGACGUGUAUCAUCAAUUAGACAUUGCCCUUUGCUUCGUCUCGGCACUCUACAGUUUGCUUGUUGGGCUAGUAAUAGUUUGUUAUUUAAUAUAUCAUCUUUGGUUAAUUUACCUUGGUACAACAUCAAAUGAGCGACGUCUUCUGGAAGCUGGAAGUCCAUAUGACCAUGGAAUGUUAAAAAAUGUAUCUAGAUUAUUUUGUUGCAAAACUUAG